AUGAACUAUCAUCAUGGUGAUGUGGAAGACAUAGAAGACACUUUUGAAUAUGAUCACCAUCAUACCUAUACAUCUACAUCAAAGAACAGUUACCAUCUAGAUGAUGACCAGAAUUGUCUAUCUAAAAGCUCAUUCAUUAAUCCAUAUUCCAUGCAUCAUGACAGAAAAAACAAUGCAUUAACUACACACAAUAUUUUGAAGGACAACACCAUUAAUAACAGCACUUCUGCUGUAACCUCCAUUAACAAUAUGACAAGAAAUACAACAAAUAAUAAACGUGGAAGUCAAAUUCAUCAAUACGUUUGUCAUCAUUGUAACGCACAAUUCAGAAUAAAAGGUUACUUAACACGUCAUUUAAAGAAACACGCUACAGAAAAGGCAUAUACUUGUCCAUUCUUUAACACAGACUCACCUCCAGAAUUAAGAUGUCAUAAUUCAGGUGGUUUCAGUAGAAGAGAUACAUACAAGACUCAUUUAAAAUCAAGACAUAUCUUGUUUCCAAAAGGUGUAAGACCACAAGAUAGAAAUAAAUCUGUUGGUCAUUGUGCUCAAUGUGGUGAUUUCUUUGAUAGUUGUGAAAAUUGGGUGGAAACGCAUAUAGAAUCUGGGAAAUGUAAGGCUUUGCCUAGUAAUUAUCGUAACGGAAAGAUUCAAGAUAAUGCCACAACAACCAAUAACAACAGCAUUACCGCCGCUAAUACUGCUGCUAGUGAUACUAAUACUGAUACUUCCAAGCAAAAUGCUGUUACAGUUGCAAAAGAUCAUUCGUCAUUGCAGAUAAAAAGAUUUAGAAAGGAUAAUGAUCGUGUAUUUAAAAAAGCAACAUCACACUCAUCAGGCAUAGCAGUUGGACAAUACGUAACUGAUCAUUUAAAUAAUGAUCUUAUGGAAAUACCGAAUGGUGACAAAUCUUUAACGACAAAACAGGAACCAGAAGAUUCAGAACAGGAAUCAGAAUCAGAAUCUUCGUAUGAACAGAAUGCUAGGUCGUUAAUGCAAUCUUACCAAUUAUCAGCAUUCUUUCCAUCAUUCUCCAAAGAUACUACUACUACUACGACGACGACGACUAAGGUCGCUGCCCCUGCAAUAACGCCCACGAUACGAGCAACUGGAGAGGAAACCAACGUUGUAUACCCAUUGGAUGAAGAACAAAUGCCGGAGCCUGAAGAGGAGCCAGAACGAGAAGGAAUACGACCAAUGGAAAAGAACUUGGCACUACAAUCUUCAACCAUUGACAAGAUAAUAUUGGAUGGAUAUUCAAUGGAUUCACCAAAAAAGAUUAAGAUGAUUAAUGAUAGAAAUUUAAAAAAUUUGAAAAAAUAUAGAACAUUCUAUUCAGAUUUUGUCUCAUCGCUUGGUAAUUGA